AUGGAUUUGGCUCGUAGGUACGGCGGCGGCGGUAAGCGCCGCGUGAAGCUGAAAAACCAUGGCUUUCACGGCGUUGGAAUAGCGUUGUAUCCGGAAUCCCUGUUGAUAAUCAAGCUGCCUGAUUACCGGCUUCUGUGGAUAAUGUCACGCUCCUUGUUCUUGGCAAUGGUUCUUAUCACUCUGCCCUCGAUUGGGUCGAUUCUGAGAGGCUCCUCUAACGUUGUUGAUGACGCUGUUGUGUAUUCCGAGGAGGGCGAUUUCACCAUGCUGCCUAUUCUUUUUCGUGAUUUGGCAGAUGAGGGUGUUCUGAAGAAGGGCCAAAAGGGCCUCAUUGUGAGCUCUGGCUAUGGCGAUUUGGUUGAUGAUUUGGACUUGGAAUUCUUGAAUGACAAUGAAGUUGAGUGGGUGAUUGGGUCGGAUUCUGGUCCUCCCAAUUCAAUUCCAGACGAGUCCUUCGAUUUCGCCAUUGGAUCAAGCGCCCGGAAUACCAAGUUCAUCGAUCGCAUUCUCAAACCCGGUGGCAUUAUGAUCAUCCCAUUGAGCAAUGACCCCUCGGAUGAACUAUUACAGCCAAGAAACUAUGGAAUUGUGUAUCUUCGAAGAUUCGAAAGCACGAUGGUUGCAAUGAGGAAACACGGCUUGGCUGCAGAUGGUGUAGCAAAUUCGAGAAAAAAGCAGAUAAUCUGUGGAACUACACCAGAAACCAAGAAAGCAGCGCUGAAACACUUGGAGGAUGCCUUGCUGGAACCACCAAGAAAGGCAUUGGCAAAAUCGAGCAUGAGGAAGAUGAAGUUCCUCCCGGAUUUGAUGGGGGAUUCGCUCCAGAACUACCCUCGAAGAGUCUUCAUUUCUGAUGACAAGAACGGCGCAGAGAAAUGGUUUCGUGACAACUACCCCCCAGCUGCAAACAAUCAAGAAUUCGAUUUCUACAACAUCGAUGUCAAAGUUGAGGAGGAUUCAGAGGAAACAAAAACAGGAGAAGGCAGCCUCGGGCUGUCUAACUGGCUGAGAAACACUGUCAAGGACGCAGACUACGUGGUGAUGAAGGCAGAAGCAGAGGUGGUGGAGGAAAUGGUGAGGGAGAGGACGAUAUGCCUCGUAGACGAGCUAUUCUUGGAGUGCAAAAGCCAGUGGGAAGAAAAUGAAGGUGGAGAAGAGAACCAGAGCCAAAGGGCUUAUUGGCAAUGCUUGGAAUUACAUGGAAGGUUGAGAGAGGAGGGAGUUGCUGUGCAUCAAUGGUGGAGUUGA